CAUCUCAGCAUUGUGCCUCGGUACGUCUCGAGACUAGGAUGAAAGUCCGUCCGUUCUGAUCGCGACUGUGGUAUACCUCAACUCUCGUCGACUCGCGCUUCAGUGGUCCGCCGGUCCUCGCCCUUUCUCAUCCGCUUCGACAGGCCCCAUUUUUAUCAGUGAUUUAUUUUUUAUUAUUUGCAUCACGGUGACAGUGCUAUCCAUAUCAACCAGUCAAAAAAACCACAGGAUUUGUUUCGUGUGCGGUGGCAUGGACGAGGAAUGGGCUCAUGUAGGUUGACUAAAAGUCUCCAACACGAGCCCCAUGGGAGUCUAUGAGCUACACCCACUGAGCUCUCCAGGCAUGCAUUGGCAGCAGGACCGUCAGCAGAUGCUUGCGGCGGCGUACGACCCAUCGAGGGACCUGAGCCCAAACCUGCCUUGCCAGGAUUCGAGCAACUCGAGCGGGUGUAGCAGCAGUUCGAGCAGCGGCGGGUCGACUUGCUGCAAAUCCGAGUUCACCCCGUGCCAAGACUGCGGGUCGCCUGGGGGUGAGUCGAAGCCCAAGCCGAACCAAUUGGUUCCACCUCAACAGACCGGCGAAGAAGUCAUCUGCGCCGGCUGCAACACCAGGAUCACCGACAGGUUCUACUUAUUCGCCGUCGAUCGGAGGUGGCACGCGUCUUGCCUCCAGUGUUCCCAGUGCCGAGUGCCUCUCGACGGUGAGGUCACCUGCUUCGCCAGGGAUGGAAGCAUAUUUUGCAAAAAAGACUACUACAGGUUGUUCGGUAUGAAAAGGUGCGCGCGGUGCCAGGCGGCCAUCCUCUCAUCCGAGCUGGUGAUGCGCGCACGGGAGCUGGUUUUCCACGUGCACUGUUUCACGUGCGCCGUCUGCUCUUCGCUCCUCACCAAGGGGGACACAUUCGGAAUGAGAGAAGGGGCCGUUUUCUGCCGGCUCCAUUAUUCGGAGCUGCCUCCGCUGUCGCCCUACCCUCCGCCUCCGCCCCAGCUGCCUCCGGACCCUCAUUUCCCCCACCAGCCUGAAUUCCACCCCCGGCUGGGUCCUCACCCUACGCCCCCGCUGCCGCCCUCCAACCCCGACCCGGUCAAAAUGAACUCCUUCUUCAACGGCACUCCCGCCCCAAGGCAAAAGGGACGCCCAAGGAAGAAAAAACCGAAAGAUCUCGAAGGGAUGACCGCCAACCUGGACCUGAACGCCGAAUCGUACCUGGAUGUCGCGUUCGGGCCGGGUACGCCCGGGAUGGGUGGACCGAACGGCUCUCACCACCAGCGGACGAAGAGGAUGCGGACUUCGUUCAAGCACCACCAGCUCCGGACGAUGAAGUCCUACUUUGCCAUCAACCACAAUCCAGACGCCAAAGACCUGAAGCAACUAUCCCAAAAGACUGGCCUACCGAAAAGGGUCCUUCAGGUGUGGUUCCAAAACGCACGGGCCAAGUGGAGACGGAUGGUCCUAAAGCAGGAAGGGGGUGGCCCUGGGGGUGGCAAGGACAAAAUGGACCCCGGCUCGGGGUUGGAGCCCUACCACCACGGCAUGGCGUCACACGGCAGCCCUCAGCACUACCUCAGCCCUUCGCCCCUUGAGUGUUCCUCCUAAAACGCUCCCUUUCGUCAAAUCUUCGGGAAAAGUGAAACAUUUUUAAAUAAAUUUUAUAUGGGAUAAAAGUGCAAUACUUUCAAAGGACUUGAUUACAAUCGGGUAGUAAAGAAAAAUUACAAUUGUUAAGCGCUCGUAUGCCGUUAACAACCGGAAGGACUGGGCAUUGUAGCCGGCAUGAACAAACCCUACAAAAAUAACAAGAUACGUUACAUAGCUCAUUGAAAUUAAUGAAUAUAAUUAUUAUAAUAAUUGUUUUUAAAUUAAAUGACAUUUAAAUAUUUAAAAAAAUAUGUGAAUUGAAAAUGAGGUUAAACAGUGAAAAAUUAGACACAGUUUUCUUGCCUAAUUUUUAUAAAAUGGUCAGUUUCAACCUUUUUUAAAAAAUAAUCUGGGUAGCUGAACAAAAUAGUUCUCUGGUGGUAUUACGGCCAUACAAGCGCACGUUCGAAAACCAAAAAUUGCACAGGGUUCAUGACGAUUAUACACAUUCACAUCACAUCACAAUAAAAGUACAACCGUCGAUUUAUUGUAAAAGAAAGAAGAUUCUUCCCAAAAAAACAAAAAGUGCGGUUCCCGAAUAUUUUAUGUACAUAGGACUUAAUUUUGAAAGGUGUUUUGUACGUGAAUGGCUACGAUUUUUGUAUUAUAUUAGGGCUGAUGUGUUGUGCGCGACUCCACCUGUUUAAAAGUUGACCACAAGUUUAAAAGUCACGACUUACAUCCGGCAGGAUCCGAAAACGUGUACGAUGUUCUAUUUUAUACAUAUAUGCAUACAUAUAUUUUAGUUUUAUUUAAGACUUGUGAUAUGUACUAAUUUAUUCUCUAGGGAGGAUUCACUGAGAAAAUUGUUUAUUUGUAUAUACUGCUAUGAAAAUAUACAUAUAUAUAUGUAUGAUGAUAAAAUUAUAUAAUUUG